AAAUUUACCGCAGGAAAGGCGCCAAUCUAACAACACUAAAAACCCUAGAUAUUCAAGUGACAACUUUCGAGGUUAUGUGUGUUCAUAAUUCAAGUUUUUAAUUGUUACAUAAUUUUAAUUAGCACAAAAUGAAUUUCAUAACGCAAGCAUUUCGACGAGUUGCACAAUCUUCAGCUCGUCUGAUAGCCAAUGUACCCCUAAAAAAUAUACAAAUGGAACCCCUUGGUGAUAUUACCAGCAGGUUGUCGUGCUUAACAAUACAAGAGCGAUGUGUGUCCUUGUACAGGAUGCACAGAACCGGACCGCACAUUAAGAAACGGAAACCUCGGCAGCCGCUCGACGGCAACCCAUUUAUGAAAGGCGUAGUCCUGAAAACGUUAAUCAAAAAACCGAAAAAACCGAAUUCCGCCAACCGGAAAUGUGUGUUGGUUCGGUUAUCCAACGGCAAGGAAAUGGUCGCUUAUAUCCCAGGGAUCGGACAUAAUUUGCAGGAACAUAAUAUCGUUUUAUGUCGGGUGGGGAGAGUGCAGGAUUGUCCGGGAGUUAAGAUAAAAUGCGUGAGAGGAAAAUAUGAUUUAGGACAUGUAAUUAAAAAAUGAAAAUAAACAGAUGUAGUCAAGAGUGUGUUUGUGAAUUUAAAUAAACGGUUUAUAAGCGAG